UUUUGGCUUGGUGAUGCUGGUGGUGCUCACGGGGCGCGAGGCUGUGUUGGUGCAAAGGGACACCUACAUCAAUAUCAAGCGAUGGAUGCACAAGCGGUGUGGAACAAGCAACAGUCGCGAGCACGCAUGAUCGUUGAGCAAGUCAACGGUCGGCUCAAGACGAAAUGGCGAAUCCUCGACGGGCGCAUGGAAUGCCACCGCCGCCAUGUCCCUGCCACCAUCGCCGCGGUUGUGACUCUGCACAACAUCGAGAUGGUGCUCGGGACGCGUUACCGCAUGGAGGCUCAAUACCCGCGGAAUCGGUGGUGGCUUCGUGGGCCGGCAGCCGACCUCGUGCACUCGGGGGGGGAGGUGCCCGGUUUCACGCCUGUUCAGCGUCGGAAUCGCUUUUGCGCUUUCCUUUACGCCUCAUGGCGUCUUGGUCAUCCGGACCUAUCCCGUCCUCUUCUCGG